AGAUUUCUGCAGAGAUAGCAUCCUUCGGGGCAGGCGGGUUUUUAAGCCAAAGGUUGCCCCCCUCGCCGGCAUUCGGAUGGGAAGGCCUCCGUGGCUUCGCUACCAGCUCUUCCCCUCCAUGUGGCUGGGACUUGGAUUCUAACCCAAAACAUGGGACUCUCAGCCGAAGCCGAAAAAGGCCGAGCUUUCCUCUGGUCAGUCCUGUUGUCCACUUUGGUGCUCUCUCCAACCUUGGCCAUCAAAGUUUACACGGCGAACGAGGUCCACGGCACGGUGGGUUCUAAAAUUAAGCUCUCUUGCUCCUUCUGGUCCAACGAGUGGAUCUCUGAUGACAUUUCCAUCACGUGGCACUUUCAGCCCGAACGUGGAAAGGACAGCAUUUCGAUAUUUCACUAUGCCAAAGGCCAGCACUACAUCGACAACGUUGGGUCCUUCAAGGAGCGGAUCGAGUGGAUCGGGGACCCCAGCUGGAAAGAUGGCUCCAUUAUCAUCCAUGACCUGGAAUACACCGACAACGGGACCUACACUUGUGACGUCAAGAACCCACCGGACAUCGUGGGGAGAACAUCCCAAGUCACCCUCUAUGUCUUUGAGAACGUUCCUACGAGAUACGGCCAAGUCUUGGGGGGCGUUAUCGGAGGCGUCUUGCUCGUGGUCUUAGUAGUCCUGCUGAUAGCGUACCUCAUCAGGUACUGCUGGCUGAGGAGACAAGCCACCCUCCAGAGGCGGCUCAGCGCGAUGGAGAAAGGGAAACUGAGGCUGGGGAAGGAUUCUUCCAAACGACGCCAUCAGACCCCCGUUCUCUACGCCAUGCUGGACCACAGCCGUCUCACCAAGUCGAGCGACAAAAAAUCCCGAGGAGGGUUGGGGGACUCGCGCAAGGAUAAGAAAUAGCGGUUAGCCGGCAGAGAAGGUAUCGAGAAGAAGGCGGCCAAGAAACAAGUGGUCAUGACCAUCGAGAUGGAAACGAAGAAGGACCACCACAAGGCCGAAGGCCUCAAGCCCGCCGUCAAAUCCCCCAGCAAGAACAGCCUUAAAAACGCGCUCAUGAAUAUUCUUAAAAGUGAUUCGGAUGUCUAAUUCGAACGCGGGGGUGGGUGGGUGGCUUUCCCGGCCCUCCUCUUCCCCCCCCUCCCCGGAGGUCCCUUUCUCCUCCACCCAGUCCUCUUGGCUUUGCUAGGACCACCAAAUCGAGGGUGCAGUACCUCUGAUGGCCAGCUGGCGGCAGCAAGGAAUUGGUUUGGGGUCCUCUGCUGCCACCUGCUGGCUGUUGGGAAGGCUGCAGCCCAGCCAUGAUGUUUUAAUGCACGUUCCUCCAUCUCAUCAAGUUUAAAAUGUGUGGAGUUCAACUGCCAGAUUUUUGGGUGGCAAAUUCUGGGCAUUGUAGUCCACCCGUCUUAAAGCUGUUGAAAUUGAGAAACGCAUUUACUAGUUGUGUGGUCAUCUUUACAGCUACAAUAAUCAAUCUAACCAGGGGCUGAUAGAAUUUCUACGCUAAGAGCACAAAGUUUAAAAACAAAACAAAAAAAAAAUUCCGAGAUUCCACCCUCCAUAGAGGUAGUCCUCGAUUUACGACCUCAAGAAAAGCUGGAAAAUUCGUUGUUCAGCAGUGUGGUCGUUAAGGGAGACACCCCAUGAGAGUGACUUGCAACCUUCCUUGCCGGGUUUCCCCUAUUGGGAAGAUCACAAAUGCUGGUUUGCGGAUGCCGUGAUCGUUGUCAAACGUCUGGCCGUCGCCAAGCCCGCAAACUACGAUCAUAUUGUGACAGUCGUAAGGCACUUUUUCCAGCACUGUUAUAACCUUGAAUGGUCGCUAAACAAAUAACGGUCAGUUGAGAACUAGCUGUGUUUCAGUUUCUUCUGCUAAAGAAGAUCGGAAACAAACCAUGAUCUGCUAACAAACCAACAUUUCGUGGUAGCUCUUUGUACCCUUCCAAUGUGUCCCAAACUCAGCAACUCCGGUAAACACAUGUCAGGGGUGAAAUCUAUGUACCUUCCUUACUGGUUCGGAAGUGCACACCCUGUGUGCGCAUCACAUGCCACACUCACACCCUCUGCACACGUGCAAAACCUUUCUGCGCAUGCGCAGAGGGUACAAAACACAUUACUUCCUGGUUAAAACCAGGAAGUAACGACAGCCGAGCCGGUGGGCAGAGCCUCGCACAGCACUUGCUACCAGUUCUCCGAACCACCGGCCAAGAUCGCUACCGGAUCGGGCGAUCCGGUCUGAACCGGGAGCAUUUCACCCCUGACACACGUGUGUAAAUAAAUCACAAAAAUAUGCAGGGUAUUUAUUUAUCGUUUUCAUUCAAGAGAGAUUCCUAUCGGCCUCUGGGACCCCGUCCAUCGCCAAUGAGGAUAAAAGCCAACUGGGUGACCCAUCCUUCGAACCCUCCCGAGUCUUAUAAAUCGGCCCCAAAAGACGCGAAAUUCUCCCUUGAAACGGUGCCUUCUUCUGCUCUAACCGCUGUGACCCUCUUCCGCUCCACGAUCUGAGCACAGGUGUAAUUUUUUUUUUCCUUAAGAUUUUUUUUCCCUUUUUUUUUUUAAAUCCAAAGGACCAGAUUCUCGUCGGUGCAU